AUGUAUCUUCAAUUCAAUAAAAUACCACCAGAAAUAAAAAAAAAAUUUUAUUCAAACUCUUUUAUUGGACAUACUAUUAGAGAUAUAUCAAAAUCAUUAAAUAGUUCCUUUUUUACUUUACUGAAUGAAAAGUCAUUGAUUAAUUCAUUUGAUUGUGAAAAUGAUUCGACAUUGGGUGCUGGAGAAUAUUCAUUUCUUAUCUAUGGUGGACAAUAUUUAACUUUAUAUAAUAUUGAUGGUCAACUUCAAAAAAUAUCUUGGAAUACAAAUACGUACGAUUCAAUAAAACAAAUUCGUUGGUCAUCAUAUCAUCGUUCAUAUUUAAUAAUGACAUCACGAUUAUUUACACUUUUAACAUUAUUUUCAUAUGAAUUAAUACCAAUUAAAAAAAUAUUUCAAUCCAAUGAACAAUUACAAUUAUUUACAUGUUACCAAACUGAUUUAUGGCUUGUAUGUUUAUUAAGUUUAACAAAGAAACAGAGAUUAGUUUAUUAUAAACUUUCUGAAUGGGAACGAAAUAAUUCUAGAACAGAAAAAAAUUUUUCACUCGAUCAAUUAGGUUUAUAUACAACUGAUACUAUUUGUGCAAUUGAAAAUGAUCCAACUGGUGAAUGUUUAGGUUUAUUAAUAGCUGAAAGAAAUCAAAAUUUAACUGUUGGUAUUCAACGACGACGUCGACUUAUUCUUAUUGAAAUUUAUAAUAUGUUACCAUUGAGAAUAAUUUAUUUUAGUGGUGCUGAUGAUCUCUACUGGACAUUAACAUCAGUUAUCAAUAGACAAAUAUCAAAAACUGGAUGGUUACUUAGUAAAUAUUUUAAUAAUGAAUUAACUUUUAUUGAUAAUAAAUGCAAUAAUAAAUUAACUUGUAUUGAAUAUAAAAAAGAAUUACGAAAUUUAGCAAUUACGAUUGAUAGACAUUAUUUAAUAAUACGAACAAUUAAUAGUCUAGAUAUUUAUCAAAUAGAUUAA